AAUAGCUUUUCUAGUUCUAUUCCUUUCUUCGCCCUUGCGCGGACAUGGCGACUCUGCAUGUCCAUCCCUUCUCCUCCGUACCAUUCUUCUCACUGCGCACACCGCGCCGCGGGAUGGAAUUGGCUUUCCCUGCUUCGGGAUUCGCCUCCGGAUCACUACCUUUCGCCGGCUCCCAGAGCUUCUUUAGGUCGAACAGCCGCCGACGCAGAUGCGCCUCGAUUAGUGCCAAGACGGCGGAUUACUACGCGACUCUGAACUUAAGCAGGGAUGCUACCCUCCAGGAGGUCAAGAGUGCUUACAGGAAUCUUGCGCGCAAGUAUCAUCCAGACAUGAAUAAAAACCCUGGAGCAGAAGAAAAAUUCAAAGAAAUUAGUGCUGCAUAUGAGGUCCUCUCAGACAAAGAAAAGAGAUCUUUAUAUGAUCAGUAUGGUGAAGCAGGCUUACAAGGAGAAUAUGGAGCGGAAGGUGUUGGCCCACAGGGAGUAGAUCCUACUGAAGUCUUUAAUGCCUUCUUUGGUGACUCAAGUAGAUUUUUCGGAGGUGACCUAUAUCCUGGGGGAUUGAGUACCAACUCACAUUUCAGUCAGGAACUUGAUAUUCGGGAUGACUUAACUUUGAGCUUUGAAGAAUCAGUUUUUGGAUGCCAGCGCAAGGUAAAUGUUACCCACUUUGAAACUUGUGACAAGUGCAAUGGCACAGGUGCAAAGUCUAGCAGUUGCAUAAAAUCUUGUAAAGAAUGUGGAGGUAGGGGCCGAGUGAUGAAUUCACAGAAAAUGGCAUUUGGGAUAGUAUCUCAGGUAUCUACUUGUUCAAAAUGUGGUGGUAAUGGCAAGAUUGUUACUGAUUUCUGUAGAAGUUGUAGUGGAGAAGGAAAAAUACAAGUUCAGAAAAGCAUUCGAGUAGAUUUACCUGCUGGUGUUAAUGAUGGAUAUACAGUUCAGAUUAAGGGAGAGGGAAACUAUGAUAAGAAAAGAAAUGUAGUUGGUGAUGUUUAUCUAUUCCUCCAUGUCGAUGAAAAACCAGGCUUUAGAAGAGAUGGUCUCAAUCUAUACUCAGAAGUCAGCAUAGAUUAUACUGAAGCAAUUCUGGGAACUUUAACCAAAGUUGAAACAGUGGAAGGACUUAGAGAUCUUCAAAUUCCUUCUGGUACUCAACCAGGAGAGACACUGAAGCUUGCUAACAUGGGAAUACCAAACUAUAGGAGACCAUCGGUCAGAGGCGAUCAUCACUUUCUUAUAAAGGUGGAGAUCCCAAAGAAUAUCAGUGGGGAAGAGCGCUUGCUAGUUGAAAAGUUGGCAUCUUUCAGAGCUUCGAAGGAUAGUUUUGUUGGAUCAAAGGGGAUGCAUCAGGAUAAGGAAAACUUCAAGAAAAGAAAUACCCGUGCUUCGAAGAGAAAAACUUCAUUUUUGAGCUACAUGAGGAACUUGUUUGGUGGAAACUACUCUGGAACAAGGUUUGCUUCCAUUAGCCUACAAGCACCUGUGCCAGGAUGGAUUUCUCCUGGCAGAACUGAGCAGACACUCAUAGCUUCUGUUUAUGGGGCUUUUGUAUUAACAUGCACGAUCUCCCUGAUAUUUAGGAUUAGUGGCUUCGUACUGGUAACACAAAAUAAUUUUUUGAGUUGGAACAGAGCAAGAUGAGUUAUAAGAACACAUUUGCACUUUACAUCAAAAGUGAUCAUUCAGAUGCAGAUUUUUAUUGUGCCUUGGGAUCAGUCUCUUUGAAUUAGGUACCAACUGUGAUAUGAGGCCCUAGAUACUUGACAGGAUGAUAUUUUGGAGGGCUAGGAUCCUAUAGUAUUUAAUCAUACAACAGAGCAAAUUUGUCGGAAAGUGUUUUUGAGAUGGCUAACUUGGACUCAUGCCAGCAAAUCAAUUAGAGAAACUAUAUUGUCCUCAUUGCACUGAUGCUUACUGUUUCUAUUGUUUCAAAUUGGUUAAUUUGUCCCGAGUCAGAUAAGUUUGUGACCUGAAGAAAGCACUGUAAUGGUGGAUGAUUCUUCAUUCUUGCGUACAGCAAUUUGCUUCAGAAAAUAUGGAGACAGUGCAAGUUCUGCACAAUUCUAAACUGUAGUCUGCUUGACAAGGAAUAGCUGAAGUUGUUGCAUCACAACCCUACAAGACAUAAUCUAGCAAACAUUUUCUUCUCUUUUAUCACAACAACAAGAGUACACAUCAAAUUUAGGAUGUGUCCCAUCACAUCGCAAGUGUUUUGACAACUAUAUCAAACACCUUGAUUUGAUUUUGACUGUAUUAAUGCCAAUUACAUGUAUUAUUUUUCAGCAGCA